CUGAUUGAAUUAGUCACUUGUGUAAUGUUCACAUGACAUUUUUGCCACUGUAGAAAUUGUUUGAAUUCCUUUAUGUUUUCAGAAAAAUAAGAUAACAGUCCAAUUAUAGCUUUGCAGCUGGAAGAGAACCAUGGAAGCUGAUGCCAGUCUCAUUGUUGGUGGCUUGGAUGUUGCUAAACUCUCUGAUGAUGAACUCUUUGAGCAACUCUCAAGCCAUGGUGCUGUUGUUGGCCCUAUAGUUGGAACAACACGUAAAAUUUAUCAGCGCAAGCUAGUAACCCUCUUGGGAGGCUCCGUGAAUAACUCGUCAUUCUCCGAGUCCUUCACUCCUGAUUGUGGUGGGGAAAGUGAUGUUCCACCAUCACAGGCAUACAAAGAAAGAUUAACCUCAGGUGCGCCCAGGGGUCGUCUAAACAGAUCAAUUAGAGUGGUUGGAGGCAAUUUGGAAGACGAAGAGGAAGAGGAGGAAGAAGAAGAAUGUGAAGAGGCAGUAGAGAGGUGUUUGGGGUCCACUGCAGGUCAAACGUCUACCCCGCUCUACUCUCCAUCCCCCAGACGUCCUCUCCACCCCUCUUCAGCAGCAUUCUCUUCUUACAAAGAUAAUGGGUAUGACUCGACUCCAUUACUUCCUCGACCAUCCCUCACCCACCGAACUCACCAAACUAGCCCUGCAUCACCACAAGCUGACCGCUCCUCCAGCCCCGUCACUGGCAACAGUACAGCCUCGGGCUCAAGUUCAAUCGUCUUCAAGAUCAUUGCUUUGGUCAUCAUUUGCGCUCUUUUGUACUUCUUCUUCAUAGCCAAGCCCGAAAAGGACGGUUUUGCCAGUCUGGAACACAUGGCAAAAACUGCCGCUGAUGCCAUGCACAAGAGCAAGAGUGGCGGCCACCAAGACGCUCCCAAACGAACUGGGCUGUAAGGAAACGCGGGAGUCCCCUUUUCUGCUCCAUCUUAUCGUCAGAUAGACAUAAGCUUCCUCUACUGUGAGAUUGUCCAAAUGGCGAUGCACUUUUUGCUCUUAAGUUAGUCACCCUGACCCAGUUUGAUUUCACAAAAAAAAGGCUUAUCAGUGCUAAACGUCGAAAGUGUGUCACUAUUUGGACAAUAGGACCCAAAUAUUUUUUUCUGUGCUUAAUCUUGAUAGUGAGAAAAUCUUUGUUAACCACAUUCGAAAUGCAAGUGCUUAAGAAUGGGAAAGCUUGGUACUUUCAUAGAAUUUUUUUAAAUUUGUGAGCCGUGAACGUUUAGUGAUCAUUAUUUUUUUUGGAAUUACAUGGCUUAGCUUGCCGCGGUGUUUCUACAAAAGGGCGUAUGAUUUGCAUACGCUAUUGUCCUUCCCAUCAAAUGAGAAUUAACAAACGUUGGUCCGUUUGACUCGCUGAUUAAAGAUAGUUUUUUUUUCGCGUAAUUUUACAAAGAGUCGGAGCAAGAAUUGGUUGGUUCUAUUCAGUUGGUUUGGCUGGAAUUAGUUUAUCGUUCUUUUGCUAUCAGUUGGCUUUGAGCUAAUUUAAAACGGAUCUGCUUCUUACACUUCAACUCCUAGCUUCUCACUUCUGCUCAAUUUAACGUUCGAUACUCGAGCUUUAUUUAAGGUUUGUUACUUGAUGCUGUACGGGGGUACUCCCUUCAGGAACACUACUCUCGCAAAUAAUUGAUGCCAUUGCUGCCUUUAGUCAUAAUUAAUAAUUACCUACGUAACUCACUUCCUUUGAAAGUUAAUUAAUGUUAGAAUUUUCUGAAUAACUUGCAAAGUGCUUCUCACGAGUUAAAUUUCUGGCUUGAUGCAUUUCCUACCUCCGGCCAUGUGUGCCAGUAAAAUAUUUCUCAACAUCGAUAAGAAGUAUACUGUUGCGCAUUAAUUGUUAGAAUAAUUUGGAUUAUGUAUGAUAGAGUGGUGAACAAAAGAACUAUCUAUAUGUCGCUCGUAAUAUUUUUUUCUUUGCUGUGGAGGAAUAAAAAAGUUUCACAUUUUUCGUUCUAAUCA